AUGCCGCCUAUACCGGGCAUGGUGCAUUGGCACAGCCUGCUUGCCAGGCACGCCAAGAGCCUGAAGGCUGCCUUGUCCAAGGGCCUGAAGGCGAUUGACGCGCAGGUGGCACAGGCCGGCCAGCAACGAGCAGCAUUGGAACCUGUGCUUGCACGCAACGCUCCCAAACAACCAUUACACCCCCUCGCACGUAUCCGCCAGAGCCAGUCCCGCUGGUUCUCUACCACCCGCCGGUCGAUUGACAACUCCGUCCGCCAUUUCUCCUCUGCGUCUGGUCGUUCGGGUGUCAAGUAUGACCGCGCAUCCUUCCCAAAGUCGACCAUCGGUUCAAAAGUUCAAUCUUCAUCCGGCCGUGCCCCAUUCGCUUCGACUCUGCGCCCCAACUUGACUGGUGGUACGCUUGGAAGAACAGCUGGAGGAUAUACAACAGGUUCGGGCAGAGUCGGUGGAGCGAGAUACUUCUCUCAUGGACCAGUUAGCCAGGCCCAGGUAGUACAGAAUGUCUCUCAAGCUGUGAGGGCAUUCUUCGUAUCCGGCCAAAAGGCUCAGUUCGACGGCGUCUCUGCCAAUGGGGAGAAGAGAUUCAAGGCCGUCUCGAGCCUGCAAGAGGAGACUGGCCGCAAGAUGCGUGAUCUCCCAAAGGCUACACCUGGCUCUUGGAUCGACUUCCAGGUGAACCCAACCAUCACCGCACUCACAUCGCUCAACUCCGUCGCUGGCUACUCCACGUCCACCACUGCGUCUGCCGACCACCUCAACACCGAUGGUCUCCUUGACGCGCUCUCCGUCGACUUCUCCCGUGGCCUGAAGGAUCUGGCUGCCGUCUUCAAUGACCUCAAGCGCUUGUCCGCCUUGGGAGAUCUCCCGAUCACAUACGAAGGCUCUCACCUGCGUGUGCACUUUCCUGGGUGCGAUAAAGAAACCGUUGAGCAGCUAUGUGAAGAACUGGACGUACAACGGGGAACGGUCAUCCAAGACGAAGCUUUUGACUCCUUCGCGGGAACCGAGAUCGCCUUGCUUUUCCCCUUUGCUCCUAGCAACAAAGCCUCCAUCACAGAGGAGUCGGCAUACAGCGAGCUCUUUGAAAAAGCCAAGCCGCUCAUGGCUCCCGAAAGGCACGUAAUCAGCUUACAGGAUAUGCUCACGCCAUCGGGAAGCCCAGCGUACUCGACACAAUCCGACACCGGUUUCGAAGACAUCGUCCUCGAAGACGCAAAUCCCUGGCUCUCCUCGCCCUCGGGAUACCACUCCGUCCGCUCUGGCAGCGCGUACGGCUCAGACAAACACAGCCCACUGGAAUACCAGGGCUUUGAAGGAAUUUACAAAUUCAUCGAGGAACUCGAUGCGGUCCGCAGGUAG